AUGAUUGACAAAGGCAUGAUGCCGCAUAAUUUAGGUCUUGAUGAUAAAUAUUCUAUAUGGUGCAAGGGAAUCGGUGGCCUUUCUUUACGGCGCCGCAUUCAGUUGCACUCGCAGGAUAGUUUCCUUGCAGGGAGGGACCUAGUCAUUAUUGACAUUGGCUCGAACGAUAUAUCUAUUCCUCAUUUGUCAGUAAAUCAAUUUGCAAUUAACUUGACAAGUUUUGCAGCAUAUUUGAUACAAGGUCUUGACGUUAAAAAAGUGGCUGUAUGUCAAAUUAUUCGGAGGGACGCUGAACCUUUCAGUGGGUAUAAUGACCGUGUCAUUGAUGCAAACAUUGCAAUUGAGGCAGCCAUUAAAACGACAGGUCUGCCAAUUGUUUUAUGGAAACACCGGUGUGGUUUAUGGAAUCCAUCUGGGGAUAUUUUUGAGUCUGACGGCAUCCAUUUAUCCAAGUCAGUUGGGUAUCCAAAAUAUUUGAGGAGCAUCCGGGACUGUAUUAUUAGGGUGUCGGCAUGGAAAUUGGACCCCACCUAUGUGUGUUGUUGA